AUGCUGAGUGAAUCUGAGGUCAUGAAUGACGAUAUUCUCGUCGACGAGUUAUCGUUGGAUCAAAAGUUGGUGAUGAAUCGAGGAAAUGAUAAAACAGCAGCAAAAUCGUUGCCAUCACGGUCGAAUUCGACUGCAAAAAUUGGAAUUCGGUUAGCGAAUUUAUUCGAAGAAAAUAUUUCACUUGUGCCAAAAUUACGGAAAGGUGUCCCUGAUCGCUCGAAGUCGUCACCUCAAAUCGACACCGCAUCGUCGUCAUCAACAUUCUCAUCGACAACUUCAGAAUGCCUCCUCUAUUCGGCACUUGCAAAUGUUUCCUUGUGUGAAGUAGAACAAGGUUCAAAUUCACCGGAUGGUAUCGUUUCUAAAGGCACUCUUGGUAUCGCUAUGGUUCAUCGUAUCAGUCCAGCAACAACACCACAAGCAGCACACUCGUUGAGUUGUAAACUGGGAAGCAAACAGUCGUUGUACGUUAUAAGCGAAGGUGAGGGAGACAGAACGGCCGCUUUGAGUGAUUCGGUUCUCUUCGAUCUGGCUGAAUACGCAGAGAAUAAAAGUGGUCGUAUCGUGGAGACAAGGAAAGCGAUUGGCUUGAAAAUAAAGUUGACGAAGAAAAGUUUAGAAGCGAAUCAGUGGCAAAACGCACUUAUUGGUAUGCGAUGUGGAGGUAUUCGAGUUUUUGCCUCACCACAAUUUACGUGUUGUGUCUUACUGAAGAAACUGAAAUCAGUAAAAGAGAAGAAUCAAGCAACAAGAGAGACUAGUGGAAGUCCAUCUGGAAUAAAUACUGCUUCAACUGACCUAAAGAAUGGUGCGAAUAAUUCGUCGACGGCUGCAAGUGAUGCUGAAAAUAAAAGAGAUACUGAUCGAUCUGAUCAUGAGACGCUUCAUGAAGGAAGCUCAAAACUCGGUCGUGAAAGCUCGACUGUUUACGAUUCCGGUAUGGGUAUGGAUAAGUUUUAUCAAACGUUUUUGUUGGAAAUGGAUCGUUUACAUCACAGACUGGAAAUGUCGUCGACGAGAAUCGUUCGCGAUGAAAUUCAACCACUUAAAGAUGAGGUCAGUGAAAUACGUAAAGAAAUGCAAAAAAAUAAGGCUGAAGUGAAGCUUACGUUGGAUAAAAUUGAAAAGGCAGUAACGGAAAUGUCAAAGAAAGCAUCCACAAAGAAACGUUCGAGUCAAGAACGUUCACUUUUGCCAUCGUUAAUAGAUCGUUUCAAAGGUGAUGGUCACAUGGAACUGGCAGAUGUUAGAAGUAUCAUAACGAAGACAUUUUCCACUACUCUUAUGAUCAAUGAUAAUGUGAAAGACAAGAGCAAUAGUUGA